GUGUCCACGGAGAUCCUGACAUAAGCGGGGCAGAAAAGAUAGCGCCAGAGACUGGGAUUCUGGACGGGGUGUGAGCUGGAGACUGCGGCGCGGGCAAGCCAUGCCCUGGGACUCCCCGUCGUUGUGGGAGCUGGUGAAGGAGCAUGUUCCGCUCCAGGAGCGGCCCGAAGUGAAGAGGAUUCUGGGGGAAGCGGCGGUGGACCUGAGCCUGGAGCUGUGGGAGGAGGUGGCGAUGUUAUGGGCACUGCUCCAAGAAGCUCGAUCUUCCCAAGCCCCCAGCUCAACCCCCAUCUCUGACCCUUCCUCUCUUCUGGCACCAUCACCCCUCAUAAGGGACCUUGUGCGCCAGGAAAUCCGGCAGCUGCUCCAGGGUCUCCGCUACAAGGCCAUCUGUGAGGGCAGGGACCAGGCCCAAGCUUGGGUCCAGUAUAGCCCCAGGGUCCUGCGCUUUGCCUUGGAAGAGCCCAAGUGUAAUUUGCCAGACCGGGAGAUAUUCCAGAUAAGAGAUAGUGAACCCAGGUCUGGGGUGAGCAAUGUAGGGAGAGUGACAUUGACUUCAUCAGCCAGCAGCAGUCACAGGGAUUUCAGCCUCAUCAAGAAUCAGCUGAAUGUAUCCAACAUUGACCAGGUUGCCAGACAUCUGAGGGGCCUCCUAGAAGAGGAGUGUCGCACCUUGGAGAAGGAGAUCCCCAUCCUGCAGCUCUGCCUGGAAGAGGAGGCCCUGCAGGCUUGCCACCCCUGUGAGGCAACUCUGGAGCCCACCCUGGCAGAGCUAAAGGAACAGAGGAGAGCCAUGGAGCAGGAGCUGCAGGCAUCUCUGUGGUCUUCUUGUGUUUCUUCCAACCACAGGCAGUGGCCCUUGAGGUCCUCCACUCGGGGCCUCAGACCGCUUCCUUGCUUCCGUGGGGCUGCUGGAGUUUGGGCUGUGUCCCUCCAACACCACCUGCCUGCACCACCUUUGGAGCACUGUCCCCGACGUGGACGCCGGGCUGCCACCUGCCGCUGGGGACGGCAGCUUCACUGCAGCUCCAGGGAAGGAGCAGCUUCCACCCUGGUGUCCAGUAAGGUGUCCCAGGCCCCAACAUGAAGGGCUGGUCACAAGGUGGGCUUCAGUUUCUGCUGAAAUGUGCCCCAUCUUCUGCCUCUCAGCUGCUGUGGCCCCACUAGCU